AUGUUCAGUGGCUCCUCGAGCCCACCCAAAGACAAACUAGAUCCAAUCCCCCAAUCCAGUGCGGCGGCUGCCACGCCUUCCUUGAGCAUACACACUGAAGAAAGUACGGUGCACCACAGCAAGUCUUUCCCGGGUGGCGGCUUCUUCAACCGUCGGACGAGCGAAGAUCAAAGUCCCAACAGCGAGAAAAAACGUCGGAGUAGCACAGUGACCAAGGCGGCUACCUUCUUCACCAACGCCAAGAAUUCGUUCAGCUUGAGCAGCAGUCCUCGCGAAUCGUCCUCUGUCAACUUUGCCGCUCGACCAUCGCCUACGCUACAAUCGCUUGGGAGUAUGGACCCGGCCUUGACUGUCCCACAAGGGUCGUUCAACAAUUCCGCUGGUGAAUCGUUACCCACGCCUCGUUCUUCCUUCAAAGUGGGUGUCACAGAAGACCGGAAUCGAAAAUGCCGUCGGACAAUGGAAGAUACCCAUGCCUAUCUGUACAAUUUCCUAGGCACUCCUGCACCGGUCGCCCCCCUUGACGGCGGUAAUCACGAUGCCGCUCAUUCUCCCCCCUCACCCACCUCGAGCAAAGUGGUGGAAACAGAUAAUGGUUACUUUGCCAUAUUUGAUGGACACGCUGGCACCUUCGCCGCAGAAUGGUGCGGAAAGAAGCUACACUUGAUUCUGGAGGAAGUGAUGCGAAAGAACCCUAAUACCCCGGUUCCGGAACUUCUCGACCAGACGUUUACCAGCGUGGACCAGCAGCUGGAGAAGCUACCCGUGAAGAACAGUGGAUGCACGGCUGUCAUUGCUCUCCUGAGAUGGGAAGACCGCAUUCCAAGCUCAAGUUCGGCGACCGGUUCUGCCGCGCUUGCCCCCGCUGCGGCGGCCGCCGCAAAGGGUGACGCCAAUUCGGAUGCUGGGGAUACCCCAACCCAAGCUACAGGUUCUUUACUCCCAAAGCUCCAGGAAAAGGCUGUCCGUCAACGUGUUCUGUACACCGCCAAUGUCGGCGAUGCCCGAAUUAUUCUAUGUCGCAACGGCAAGGCUCUUCGUUUGUCUUACGACCAUAAAGGCAGCGACGAAAACGAGGGCAAGCGGAUAGCCAAUGCGGGUGGGUUGAUCCUCAACAACCGGGUCAACGGAGUCCUCGCCGUCACCCGUGCUCUAGGUGAUGCGUACCUUAAGGAUCUUGUAACAGGACACCCUUACACUACCGAAACGGUGAUUCAGCCGGAUUCGGACGAAUUCAUAAUAUUGGCCUGCGACGGACUAUGGGAUGUUUGUAGCGACCAGGAAGCCGUGGAUCUGGUUCGCAAUGUUGCCGACGCUCAGGAAGCAUCCAAGAUUUUGGUCGACCACGCCCUUGCUCGGUUUAGUACCGAUAAUCUCUCCUGCAUGGUCAUCCGAUUCGACUCGGAGCGGGUCAAAGGCGUGGUCAAUCGAACCGCUGAGCCCAUCGGCGUCGAUGGUGACAUGGACAUUGAGCACGGUGUCAGCGAGGCGGACAAGAUCGUCGAAGGAGCUCGAAAGAGCAUGGCCAAUGCCGGCAUCACAGAUGAGUCGGAAGCCGAGAAGGUGAAGGACGAAAUCUUGCACAAAAUGGCGAACGAUGAGCCCGGGCCGGAACUCGCAGUCAACGAGCUAGGUGAUGCGCCAGUCGAGUCACCGUUGAGUGGCAAGAAUGAUCAAAAGAAUUGA